GGGGGAGCCGAGCGUCAAUUUUCCAGUUGAUAUUAAACUUUUAUAGGUCACUCGUCCACGAGACUUCUACUACGUAGAUGAAAAUUUCCGGUAUGUAGAUUUACGCAGUAAAAUAUUUGGAUAUUAAUUAUCUUUAAUAAUAUCGACUACUAACGCUAAUUACGAUAAUAUAACCAAUUGCGAUGAAUUCUGAUGAUAAUAAACACAUAUUGAUUAUCCAAUUGCAUUCGGAUAUUUACAGUUUAAUUAUAUUUUUUUUACCAUAUAUUUGCCCUUGAUAUUUGCAAAAGCUUCCAUAUAUAAACCAUGGUGUACGAAUUUAUCGUUUGAUGUUUAGAUAAUGCUUAUCUUCUAUUUAUCAUCUGAUAAUAUCGAUUCGUUAUCUAUUUAUCUGUAAUACCUAUAAUCAUUCGGAUACGCUAUCGCUCAAAAAUACCUGGACGUUUGCUUUUCGACAUGAUGUAUAUCAAUCAUAGAAUUACGGAUAGAUCAAACUACUGCGAUUUUAUUAUUUUGCCUAUUUUACAAUAGGUAAUUUAACGUUAUAGGCUGGUGAUUCAAUAGAAAAAUAGCGAGUGUUGCUUCCAAUUACUAGUACGCAAUUAAUAUACUUUUGUAAAAUUCGAUUACUCUAUGAACAAGAAAAAGGUGUUCGUGCUAAAUAUAUAUCAAGGCUUUAUUAAUCUAACGAAUAAUAAUUGUUGAAAUAUUUCUGUGACUUCUACGAAACGAAUAUUUACAUUAAGUCUUCCAAAUUCUAUAUACAUAUUCAAACUUGUUCCAAGCCUUAUCAACAUAGUCAUGAUAAUCGUGUUUUAACUCGUGUUUCACUAAGAUAUUAGCGAAGUUUCAUCAUAUAAGCGUAUCUAAACAUUCGAAUCAUACAAUGUCAUCUAAAAAACCUCUGCCUCGAAUGAAAUUACUUCUCAUUGAGAGUUGACCAAACCCCCUGCGCACUGUCCUUGAUAUUCGUUUGCAACGUGCGUCGGAUCCAACAUCCGGUGCAGACGAUUAAUGUGCGUAUAUUACCUCCACACUAUAGUAUACCAAUCAGUAUAUAAUAGAAGUUACGCUUCACGCACUUCCGCCAAUGCUGAAUUUAGAGCAGUAUAACCGAUGUGCUACGACUGAUAAGCGUAAGAUCCCGUAUUCCGCGAUACAUCUUUCCAUCCGAAGGAAUACAGGUUUCGCCUCUAUCGUAAACGUUCUAGACACGGAAAACGCGCGGUUUUUCGCUGAUCCACUUCGGACAUUACCAUACAAUCAGGAUUUGAAAACCGUGCUCGCCAUAUAUGUACGUGCCAUUUCCGGAAUGAAUAAAGGAACACAUCUCUUUUCGCUAUGUUUUCGACGCUAACCCUCCUGUAAAUACUAACUAUUUUUCCCACAUCUUUCAAGACAAUAAGAAAUAUCUACACGUGAGUAUAUCUUCUUAAAAUUCACACUUUUUUAGUCCUGCAUUAUGUCUUACAACGAACAACACUGUUUCAGAAGAACUAUCCUGUAUGAUAAUAAGAAACAGUUACACGUGACUGUAUUUCUUAUCAUCCUUACAUUAUGUCUCUCGACUAAUUAUGAACUUCGCAGGAAUUAUCAUUUGAAAUAAUGGGGAAUAUUUGCACGUAACUGUAUUUUCUUUAAAGUCGUACCUUUUAUUAUCGUACUGUCCCUCUGCUCAGUAACAAAACUUUAGAGAACUUAUCGUCCAAGGUAAUAAUUCAGAUUGUUCAAAAAUCAACUUGUAUCAAUAACUAUCUAUGUAUGCGUGAUUAUAUUUUCUUAACAUUCAUACUAUUCAUUCGAUUAAUUAUUAGAAAAUCCAGGUAUCCAAACCGAAAUAUCACGCAACCCUUAAGAAUCAGCAAAUUAUCGAGUACAGUAGCAUCGUGAUUAAGAACAAAGAUCCUGACCUCACUUUAUGCUCGUUGUAGUAUAAAGAAGAGCAGACAAAACGUAUAAAUAUUAGCGUGGAUCUCGGAGGUGAAGCAAACUGAAGGGAGACCAUGGAGAAAGGAGUUCACAAGGCUGCAUAAGGGACUUUCGACAACCAUCCCUGAGGCUUUCCCCGUCCGUAGAAAGAUGAAAGCGUAUAGGGGAGAAAGAUCAGAGACGCCAUAGGAGGGAACAGUGGAAAAAAAAGGACAAUCCAUCGUUGUCGCCAGCACCACCCACGUUUUAUAACCGAUCCAGGAUUGAAUACGUUCCCGCCAAAAUAGAACGCGAUACUUCCGUUUAAACAUGGCUAUUCGUUUACAUAUGAAUCAUGAUUUGUCCGAGGAAAAACAAAGUGUAUUACAUUUAAUGCCAUGCAAAAUUUAUGGUGAUGAGUCCGCAAACGUUUCUACUUAUUUUACACCUUACAUUCGUGAAGUAGACGAUAAAGGAAAAAAGAUAACGCUACCUUCUGGAUACAAAGGUAUUACAUUUGUUGAACACAAAAAACCAGAAGUAGAACAUGUUGAACGUAAUUUAUACUUCACGGGAGCUUUCUCUCAUUUUACAUACUGGAAUUAUGAUAAAUUGCCAUCAAAAAAUGAUGGUUUAGCAGCUGCUAUGGAUUGGAUCGAUAUUGCUGAAGCACUACAUUCUACAGAAUCAUAAUUAAAAGUAAAUCUUAACAUAAUUCAAAAUACAUAUUAUAUAUUCAAUGGAUUAUACAGAUUAUACUAUUUUAAUACAAAGAUAAAAAUAAAUAUAUUUUGUAUAUUUUAUAUAUGUUGUAGUUUAUUAACCAUAUUAUAUCAUGAGCAUAUAUUUUUGUCAUACAUAACAAACAACUUAUAAUUCCUUAUGACAUAUUGUAAACAUAGCAAAUAAUUUUUGGUUUAUUUAGGAAAGCUGUUUCAAAAAUGUGCAGUCUUUUACAAGAUAAAUAGUAUAUUUGUAAGUCAUUUCCUUAUUUUUAUAAAUAUAUAAAAGUUGCAAUGAGGGAAGAUGAAAGCAUUUACUACCUUUUUGUUAGCACAGAAAAUCUUUUCUUAUUACACAUAUAUAAUACUACUGAGUGUAAUAUAUUAUAGUAUUUUUAAUACUGCUUAUAAUGAUAUCAGCGAAAUAGACUGUUACUUAUAAAUUUAUAAUCAGUGCAAUAUAAUCCUUUGUUAAAGUUAUAUUCAAUGUGACAUUCAUAUGCAGCUGUUUGUUUAUGAUCAUGUUUGUAUAAAAUUCAUAUAAAAUGUUUUUUAAAGACUAUUUAACAUAAGUUGGCAGUUUUGGAAUGAAUAUUUGUAAGAAAUACAUGCAUAGUUUCUAACAGAUUUUUUUUAUACAUGCAUAUAUGUAUAUAGAUAGAAAAGUUAAACUAGUUCUAGUUUCAUGUACAUUGGCAGUAUUAAAGGCAAAAGAAGUUUUUUCUUUAAAUUAUAGAAUAAUUAAUAUUAAAAAAUUAGACACAUUCAUAAAUGUUUAUAUUAAAAGAAAUCUUAAAUAUAGUAAAUAUUUAAACACAUAAAAUAAAUAUUAUAAAAUUA